UGGUGGGCGGUGGGUUGCGAUAUCCGAGCUGCAGCGCUGCGUGUGGCCGCGCGAGUGUGUGGCUGUGGCCUCGCGAGUUCUCCAUUGCUGGGCCUGGCACAGCCCCAAUCCGGUGCCCGCCUCGCUCCAGUCCCCGCUGCUUCAACUUGUGGGGAGCUCCCUUUCUUUCUCUUGAUCGGAGUCCCACCUUCCCCGCGCCCCUUCUCUCUGUGUUGCACACCCCCCGCGCUGUGGGAAGUAGCAGUGUGUCCAGCGUGCUCAACAGCAAUGGCGACCACAGUGACUGCUAGAUGCGCCGUGUCUUCCUUCAAGGCCUCCGUUUCCUCCGCCGCCCUCGAGGGAAAGAGGAGCACUGUGUUUGGUACCAACGUGCCGAGCACCAUCAACAUUGUGCCCCAGAAGGCCGCGUCGUCUGCCAGGACUGUCGUCACCAAAGCCCAGCUUAGCCCUACUGGUGGAAGCAAGAGGAGCCUCAUCUUUGCCUCCAAGCAAAGUCUGUCAUACCUCGAUGGAACUUUGCCCGGUGAUUACGGCUUCGACCCUUUGGGUUUGAUGGACCCUGAAGGCGCCGGUGGCUUUAUUGACCCCCAAUGGCUUCCAUACGCCGAGAUCAUCAACGGCCGGUUCGCCAUGCUCGGAGCUGCCGGUGCUAUCGCACCCGAGAUCCUAGGCAGGAUUGGUCUGAUCCCUCAGGAGACCGCUAUCCCUUGGUUCCAGAGUGGCGUGAUCCCACCCGUGGGCAACUACAGUUAUUGGGCCGACCCCUACACGCUGUUCGUGUUGGAGCUGGCGUUGAUGGGAUUCGCCGAACACAGACGUGCGCAGGACUACUACAAACCCGGAUCCAUGGGCAAGCAGUACUUCCUAGGGCUGGAGAAGUUUUUGGGAGGCUCUGGCAACCCAGCAUACCCAGGAGGCCCCAUCUUCAACUUUUUGGGAUUCGGGAAGAACGAGAAAGAGUUAAAGGAGCUGAAGUUGAAGGAAAUUAAGAACGGGCGCCUGGCUAUGAUGGCGGUGCUGGGCUACUUCAUCCAGGCCAUCUUCACGGGCGUGGGCCCGUUCCAGAACCUGUUGGACCAUUUGGCUGAUCCAGUGCACAACAAUGUGCUGACGAACUUGAAAAUCCACUAGAGCCUGUGGGAUUUGUAGAUGUGGGCUGUGAUAGCAUCGUCGUCUCCUCGGGGUGUGGUUGCAUACGAAGGCCUCCUCUUCUCUGACUCUUCUCUUUGCAACUCGUUGACGAGGUCUUAGGAAAUGUAAAUGUAUUAUGGAAUUGGCACCAAUAUCUUGCAAAACCAUGAAGCUAGCACUGUGUAACUGAUCAUUGUUUCGUGCUACCUCGAUCGAUGGUGCCUAAACAUGUACCUUUCUUG